GUUCUUUCAUACAUACCUAGGUACCUAUAUAAUUUAAAUUUGUCGUGUCGUCAACAUUAUUCUUCGAGAUGUCUUUCGCUAAGAAAACUCAUACCACUCUUUCUACUUCUAUUUUGGGUUCUCUAUCCAACGAUGCCAGACUACCAGAUGAUGCCCAAGACACCAUCUCGUCUGUCUCAUGGUCGCCGGUUGCCAACUACUUGGCAGCAGCAUCAUGGGAUGGUAAAAUACGUGUCUACGACGUCAACGCCAACAACAGAACCGCAAAAGGAACAGCUGUGUUCAACGCGGUCGGCCCUGUCCUCGGCUGCGACUGGGCCAAGGUGAGUUUUUGAAUUUCUUCCUAACCAUACAGCAUGAAAAAAAAGAAAAGUAAAACCAAUAUGGGAAUCCAAAUAGGUAAGUGAGAAUGAUGCGAUAUAGGCCGGAGUGGAUGGGGGUGGGUAUUAAUAUGGGAAACCAGGACGGGACGAUAAUCGCUGCUGGAGGAGCUGAUAAGUCGCUUCAUAUUCUACAUCUACCGACAGGCCAGCAGGCUACUCUCAGCUCGCACGACAAUCCCAUUCGCAGCGUGCGUUUCGUCGAAAUCCCGGAAUCGAAUGCUCACAUUGUGGCGUCCGGGUCCUGGGACAAGACAGUCAAAUUAUGGGAUCUUCGUCAACAGAGCCCGGUAGCUACCAUCAUGUGCGAGGACCGUGUCUACUCGAUGGAUUCUAAGUCUCUUCUUUUUGUGGUCGCUACCGCAGAACGCCAUAUCCAUCUCAUCGACCUCCGAAACCCGACUGUCAUUUCUCGAACUCUGGAAUCGCCGCUCGAGCAUCAGACCAAGGUCGUCGACGUGUUCCCAGAUGGCAAGGGCUGGGCUACAGCAAGCAUUGGGGGAGAAUGUAGUUUAAACUUUGUGGAAGAAGAUAGUGAUAAGGACUAUACGUUUCGCUGCCACCGCGGGCCUUGUGACCCCAAGACGAAAAUUAUCAAGGUAUGGUCCGUCAAUGACGUGCGAUUCCAUCCAGUCCGGCACACGGUCCUCGUCACGGCUGGCUCCGAUGGCGUGUUUAGCUUCUGGAACCGCAUCGCGCACUCUCAGCUACAGAAUUACCCAUCAGCCGGCAGUCCCAUUACAACGACAGCGUUCAAUUACAACGGCAGCUUCUUCUCGUACGCGCUCGGGUAUGAUUGGAGUAAGGGGUGUGCCGCGAAUAGCCAGGAGAUCGAGACGAAGCUCAUGUUGCACUCUGUCACGGCCGAGGAAAGUACGUCGAAGAGGAAAUAGGAGGGAUUGGAGCUUUUAUAUGCCUAGAAAUGACGGGCUAUAAUCAGGAACUAUCCAAAGAAAUGGAUGAGAAAAAUCGAAGGUUGCGCUAAGAGCGCGUUUCAAUUUCAAAUUGGCAAUCUUGUACCAAUGGAGGAUCUCCUUUGUCAAGGGCUUGGUAUAUGUAUGACCUGUGGGAGGAAACGAUUAUACCGGUCACCUAAGUCAGGAAGAAAGAAUAUGCCCAAGAGAACCCGUUAAGACAAAUUACAUGUGGAGUAAUACGUUGAGGGUGACUAGCAAGCAGAGGUCAACGAAGUCAGAAAAUACAAUGCUAUGUCUUUGUGUGGAAGGAUGAUAUAUUAGAGGAUCGUUGUGGUAUAUUCCUCUCUGGGUUAGAUAUCUCUUUCCUAUAGGAAUAGGCUGGAUAACGCUCAGGUACUAAUAAAUGGCUGUGCGUUAACAUGAUUAUCCCUAUGGAACUUGAACAGUUAUAGUUGCC